CCGAAAUCUAGGCUUGAUAUUAUGCGAACUAAUGGUAAACCAGGGAAGUAGCUAACCGAGAGGUAAAACUAUCACUAUUGACAUUACUGACGGCGGUGAAUCGUGACGUUGGUUGUAGUAUAGUGUGACUGCCAAUUGCUAAGUAGGAUUGCCUCGUGCGUAGUAUAAACGGGAUUACCUCUGAUUUCACUAGAAGUUGACGAUGUAAAUGUCCGCAUGAGUGUAGGAUUUAAGACAUCGAGUUGGAUUAAACCGCAUUUUAGAGAAACAAAUAUUUAUAGCGUACACUUAAAAGUAUUUAUUAUAACAAUUUAGACAGUGUGACAUUUGUGUAAACUGAUAUUUACUGAUUGGUUAAGCGCUAUCGUAAUUAAAAUGCAAACUGAAAUUUUAUACAUUACAUGUGUUGGAAUAUUCAGCUUUAUUUUACUUUAAACAAAGAGAAUAAAGUAGCAUAGUCUUGAGAAAAGAUAAACAGGAAAAAAAACAGGAACGUAUUCCAGACAAACGUGAAAAAUUGCUUUUGCCAAAGAUUCGGGUUCUAGAAGAAACAUCAACGGAUUAAUUCAUAACACAAGUGAGAUAAGGCGAUAAGAGAUUGUUUAGACAGAUUAACGCAUACACCUGUAACUUUGAUCAAAGGGGCUUCAAUAUCUUCGUACGCUAUUAUACUCGACAUGGAGUGGAACAUAAUUUGGAACUGUGUUUUUGGAGCAAUAUUAAGCACGUGUGCUUCCUGUUUUGAUCGGUUAGAGUUACCGGCAUACGAAUAUCAGAAGCGUUUCCAAACAGAGUUGUUGCCUGGAAAAUGCCCAUCGCGAAUCAUACAAUACCCAGAGUCAGUGUAUUCGGAACCAUGUACGUUUCCUAAUCGGGCUGGGAUCGUCGAUUACAAGUUUAAGCCAGCAGAGACUACGUUACGAACCACCGUUACGAAUGCCUCUCAGCUCAUGUCAGCCAUUGGUCUAUGUGAUGCAAAAUCAACAGACUAUUUUGGCCUACUUUCAAAAGGAGAUUGUUUGGCUAGUGAAAUAGCCGGCAUGGUUGAUUUCAAAUCAAAUACGGCCACGUUUCUUUACGUGGAUCACUACAGACCCUGGGUGAAGACAUUGAUACCAACACAUCCCAUCAACAUCCCUCCUGAAUAUAGACAGUACCUCAACAACAGUUUCUUCACUGAAAGCAUAUCUAUUGGCUCCGAAGAAAUACUGCUCGUUGAGAUGCACUUUCCCAAGGAGAAAGAAGCCACGGUGGCCGGUGAGGAGUUCCACACUCCAGACAUGCUUGCGAUGAUGAUGCAUGUUGCGAAGCAUGUGGGAACUCCUCGAAAGAUAAAGGUUGUUCGAGUUUCCACUUCGGACCAAGUUGUCGUGUCGAAGGUGUUCCGUGGAGAAAUGGCCAUCUUCGAGGCGAUGCACUAUGUGGAGGAAUGCGAGAAUGCCAUCGAGAAGGUAAGGCGUGAAUUGCAGCAGGGGGUGCGACACUCACAUUUGAAGUAUUCAUUUAAGGCGUAUGAGAUUGGACCCAUUGCAAUGUCCCUACAAUCUGUCUCUGACAAGGAUAAACAACAAGCCUGGGAACAAAUUGCGCUUGUGCAGGUGGAAGCGAAACGCCUGUACAACAGGAAUAAACGAUACAGGAAAUUUUGCAAAUCCACGACGCUGUACGGCAAAUACUGCAAACAUGCACUUGAAAUGGUCAAAGAGCUGAAGAAGCUGAACACACACAUCCAUACACAGAGGAGAGACUGGCUCAAGAUGCCGUACGAGAAACAGAUUGAAGUGAUCAACAGCGGAAAGCGAAAUAUAAAACUGUAUACCAACACUAUGCGAACUGUUUCUAAACAGCUGAAUCCGAUUCUUAAAAAGCGGACAAAAAUGUGAAUGCUCACGAACUGCUUAAGUCGAAAUUAGGCGGACGUUUUUUAUCCAUUACAAAUCAUCUCUGUGAUUUACAUCAAGCGUAAUCAGACCGCUUUUUACGGAGCCUCGUUUGGGUUUUUUGAAUAACAAACGUGACUGCAAAAUCACUUUCGGUCUAUGUGGUGCUAAAACAGGCUGUGGAUGGUUUGUUGUUUUGUUUAUCAACAAUAAAAGGACGCAGAGCUGUCAGGCGAUAAGGUAAUGGUGACUAGACAAUGAGUCUGCGGUGUUAGGUUUGAAUUCGGAUUUCUUGAGAAAAAAGUAAUGGAUGUGCGCAGAUACCAGAAAAACCAUCACCAGUGAAAAAAAAGACGAGAUUACAUCUUACCAAAUCAUUGGUGUGGUCGGCAGUUAGUUUUUUAAUGAGUUUGAUUUUACACUUUAAACCAGUGUGCAUUUAAUAUUUAUUCCUUUCGUACUAAGGCUUGGGAGACAUAAUCAAAACAAAUUAAACGGAAUAUUGUGUUUGAGUUAAACGUUUUCUGCUGGCAUUUGAACAUCUUCCGUUUUAGGAUAAAUUUAAUUAAUUGUUGUGAAACGCGAUUUGCGUAUGAUGUUAAUUGUAUACAAAUGCAAUAUAAAAGAAUACUACAUUAAUUUAUGUCUGAGAUUUACCAUAAUAGAUAGCCUUCUAAUGUAUGACCAAUGUGCUAAAUCAGGUUUAAUUAUAUGUUUCUUGUUCUGAGAACACUGGGCUUAAUUCAUGUGCGUAAAGUGUCGUCCCAGAUUAGCCAGUGCAGUCCGCACAGGCUAAUCAGGGACGACACUUUCCGCUGUAAUGGUGAUUUUAGUUUCAAGGAAGUCCCUCCUUACCGAAAAUCAAGUUUAUGCGGAAAGUGUCGUCCCUGUGCAGUCCGCACAGGCUAAUCUGGGACGACACUUUACGCACAUGAAUUAAGCCCAGUUUUCAAAGAACAAGACACAUAUAGUGACACAUGUAUUGAUUUGUUAUCUAAUUGCAAUAUGUUAUCGCAAAAUAUGAUUAUUUUUGUCAAAAUUUGUUUUUUGAUUACCACCAAAUAUAUAUACUCGUAAAACUGAUUGUGAAGUACCCAUUUAUAUAUUAAAUAAUUUACUUAUAUUAUGUUGGUUUUAGAAACCUUGUUUAAAACCUGAAUAUAAAAUUCAAAGAAUCAGAGAUUGUUUGACAUUUUAAAUAAUCUAAGACACAAUAUUUUCUACUUAAUG